AUGGCUUUGAGUUUUUGGGAUAAUGGCCUCUCUCUUCAGCAUUAUUUCAACCAGGAAAUGCUGAGCUUCCCUCCUCCGGAAGCUGAAAACAUCAACAACAACAACGACUUGGACUUGGAUUCUUAUUUCAACUGGUUCAGUUUCAGCAACAAUAAUGGCUUCGGUUUCGAUAAUGAUUAUGUUCCAGAUGACUUCCCUUCUUCUCUUUCCGAUAAUUUCAUCUUCCCUGUUGAAGAUUUUCAGCUAAUUUAUCAGAACUAUUCGAAGCGCCAGAGGAGUUGCUACUAUGGAGAUGGGCUUGACGUUGAUCAUCAUGAUUCGGUUGCUUUUUUGCCUGAAUCCUUUUCCGGGUGUAUCACAAAUGUUGUUCCUCCUCCACCGCCACCACAGCCCCUUUCUGAGUUCCUGCCAGAUAUUCCGCCUCCUCCUCUGGCAGGUUUCAGCUUUGGAAAGAAUAGUACGAAGAAACCGAACGGCGUAAGCUUGAAGGCGCAAAGCGUUGCGGCGAGAGAGAGAAGAAGGAAGAUUACGGAGAAGACUCAAGAGCUAGGAAAGCUGAUUCCAGGCAGCCAUAGAUUGAACACUGCUGAAAUGUUUCAAGCUGCUUCAAAAUAUGUCAAGUUCUUGCAGGCUCAAGUCAAACUUCUUCAACUCAUGCAGCCAAUAAUUGCGGAAAAAGAAGAAUUUUUUCCAUUUCAAGAGCUUCAAACUCUUCUCGAGUCUCCAAUAAUUCAAGAAAAAUUAUAUUCAGAAGAGAAGUGUUUGGUUCCAAGGAAAAUUCUGCAAACCCUAAAAAAGGAUCCUGAAAUCCAAUCAAAACCAGCCAUUUUUGGGAGCAUCGAUGAAUUGCUGGAGACAAGUAAUGGCUGA